UUGUAGUGAGCCAGCAGCUGUUUCGAGGGAAACACCCCUGUGUGCUCUCUGAGGCAGUGUAAGCCGAAUCUGAACAAACCAGUUUUUGCUGUAAAUUUGACAAGUUCCUUUGUGUGGCAGUUGAACAAUCUCUGGGUCUUCCUCAUCGACCUACAUCGUAAAGCAGGGCUGAAGGAACCAGAUGGUGGGAUACUGCUGAUAUCUACACCUAGUGUAACCUCCUUAUUGCCUCUCAGAAGCUGCAGUAGGAAUGUGCCAAACUAAAGCAUAGAUGAACAGCAACAAAACAGAGAGCUUGAAAAUAGUCAUCAUUGGUUCUAUGGAUGUGGGUAAAACGGCGCUCCUGAACCGAUAUGUCAACAACAGAUUCAGAGACGAGUAUCAGACCACGCUGGGAGUGAAUGUCCUCACGAAACAGAUCACAGUGGAUGACGUGGCAGUAAAACUGCAGAUCUGGGACACGGGGGGUCAGGAGAGAUUCAAAGCCCUGGUGUCGUCCUUCUUCAAAGGAUCGGACGGCUGUGUACUCGUAUUUGAUGUGACCGACCGCGACACCUUCUACGCCAUGGAGGGCUGGAGGAAUGAGGUCUUGGCCAGAGUGCCGACAGCACAAAACGAUUUUCCUUUCAUGGUUCUGGGCAACAAAGUGGACAAAGAACCAGUCAGGGAGGUUACAAGUGAAGAGGCAGAAGUCUGGUGCAAUGCUCGAAAUAUUCCUUACUACGAAGUGAGUGCAAAAGAGGGCAUGAACGUGGACAAAGCCUUUGAGAGCAUGGCUCGAAUCGCUCUGUCACAGAUUGCAGAAGGGAAAGACCUUUACUUAACAAACUCCAUCUCCCUGGAAGACCACAAUGGGACAGAGAGACAGAAGUGUUGCUGAAUCUCGGGACUUUGAAGCCAAGGUUUGGACUCCAUUUUAAUGCUGUGUUGGGAUCCUGAGCUCUCCGAGUGCAAUGAUUUUAUACAAAUAUUUAUUUUUCUAAAGAUCAAUGAAAUCUGCAGUUCAACUUCUGAACUAUUACACUGAGGCAUAUGUUUUUGUUAAUUCCAAAGGUGAUGCAUACAGCACUUUUUUCCAAGUAUCAAAAGGUUUUCAUGAGAGAAACCUCAAAUAGAAAAAAACAUUCAGUGCAGUAAAGCUUGAAGAUUAAAUGACAACAGGACUCAGUUGAUUUGGUGCCUGGACAAAAUGGUUUUUAUACUGAAUUAUGCCAUAACAGGAGCCUACAACUCAACGGGUGCUCUUGUGGAACCUUGGUGAGUGGCCAUGGAGUGAAAUCCCCAGAGGAUUCCUGCCAAUGUAACCUGUGGUACUUUACACUACUUUGCACUGGCUUAUCACCAUUCAACAGAUUAUAUUGAAGAGCAGUCCUAGAAAGCAGAACACGAGACAAGGAGUUGACAUAAUUCAAUGUAAAAUAUAUUAUUCCAACUAAGAUAAGUGCUGUUUUCACUUGGGCUUCCUGCCAUGGUUACAAUGAAAUCCACGUCUCAGAAAAUAAUUCUCUUAAUCUUUGAAAGUGAUCUCACAGCAAAGCCAGAAAGGAUCUGCUCCUUUAUUUCACAAUUGCUGCCAGGUUGCAUGGAUAGAAAUUAAGCUUCUUUUGCAUCAAAUGUGGCACUAACUUUAGGGGGCUUAUGUGGCACAGGUAGGGCAAUGGGAAUAAGCCUGCCAACCUAAUUUACUGCCAGCUGCUAAGGUAAAAUUCCAUUGCAGCCGAUCUCUUUUCCAACGGCUUUGACACAAGAGUUGAAAAUUACUGCACUUGUAUUUUAGGAUUUCCGGAUAAAUAAAACAUUGGGAUUUUCAGAAUGCUUAUUGUCUUGACUUUCUUCUCCUGAACUAAUUUUUAACAUUGUUAAUUUUAAUAAAAAGAACAGAUGUUAAGACCAGAGCCAACGUUCCUUCUGUUGAAGAAAUGUUGCAGAGAAACUGCUAUCAGGUCAACACCACGCCCAAUUGUUCCACAUCGCUGGUUGCUGUUUGUAGUCUGAAUGUUUUUAAGACAGACGUAGACAGAUACUUUUAAGCAACGAGAUGAAAGAGUGCAGUGGGUAGAUAGGACUGUAGAGGAGAGGUUACAAUCAGAUCAGCCUUGAUCUUAUGAAACAGCAGCACGAGUUUGACAGGCUGCGUGGCCUACUCCUGCUCCUACUUCGUAUGUUCGGAUGUAACAGUGAGGCUGAUAGUUAAGGUGAUGCAAUAAUGCACAGGCAGUGAAUGGAAGAUCAUUCUCAAUGAUGGCAACGUCCAACUCGUGAGACAGAAGAGAUGGCAGACGCUGGGAUCUGAAGCAACAAACAAUCUGCUGGAGGAAUUCAGUGGGUCGAGCAGCAUCUGUGGAGAGGGGAUGGGGUGGAUGGAGGGGAUUCUUUGCUAGAUUCAAAGCUGAAGCAUUUGUAACCAUAUUUAGCCAGAAGCGCCAAGUAGCUGAUCACAGAGUCAUGGAGUAAUUCAGCAUCAAAACUUGUCCAUGCCGACUAGGAUGUCCAUCUAAGCUAGUUCCACUUACCUGUCACGGUUCAUCAUGGCUUCCUCUUGGUACCCCUCCGACAUAGAAGCCUAUUUAUUUGUCUCCACCUGGUACCAAGAGAUGGCUGAGAACAUUGAAUACAGUGAAGCCUAAGGCAUCAGACAAGUGUAGUACCGAAGACCUGCACUCCAGAACUAACUGCACCUCGUGCUAAGGUGUUCCAGUAAAGUUACAACACUGGCAUCUACCCAGCAAUGUGGAAAAUUGUCCUGUUCACAAAUAGCUGGACAAAUCUAAUCGACAGCCUACCAAUCUACUCCUAAUCAUCAGCAAGGUAUUGGAAGGUAUCACCUACUGUGCUAUUAAGCUGAAUUCUCUAACCUACCCACCAAUACCCCAUCUGGGUUUCAGCAGACUUGACUCUAGACUUGUCACAGCUUUGGUCAAGACAUAGACCGAAAGAUCUGGAGUCCAGAGGUGAGGAGGGAGUGCCCUUGACAUCAAGGCAGCAUUUGUAUCAGCCAGCUGAACCACUGAGGCAGGGCUUUGACCGGAAACGUCGACAAUUCCUUUCCUCCCAGUUCUGUUCUAGGACUGUCAGAUAAUGA